AUGAUUUAUCAUCAAUCACAAAAACAUAAACAACUUUAUAAAUCAAUAAAUCAUAAUGAAAAUUCAUCAAUUGUUAAAUAUAAUUAUCUUAUUACAGUUGAUAUUUCAAAAGUUAAUGAUAAUUAUAAAGAAGAAUUUUUAUUUAAUACAAAAACAUAUUUUCAUAAUAAUAUUCUUCUUUAUAUCAGAGAUGACACACGACUUAAUUAUGUUAAAAUAAAUAAAAUUUAUUUAUUCGAAGGAAAAAAUUAUUCAAAAUUUUUAUCAACUAUUUCAAAAAAAGCAACAGAAUAA